GCCGCGGUCCCCGCCCAUUCCGCCGAACCGCGCAGGCGCGGCCGCAGCCCCGAGGCGCCGCUCCCGCCGCCGCCGCCGCCGCCAUGGGGAAGAAAUCCCGCGCCGCCCCGGGCCGCAGGCCCAUCCUCCAGCUCUCCCCUCCGGGCCCCCGCCGAGACGAGGCGGCGGCACCGCCGGCUGAAGGAGCCGACUCGGGUUCCGAGCCGGACGAACCUGAAGCGGUUGCCGAGCCCCCCCGCACCGCGCCCAACCCGCUGCCCCCCGCUCCCGCCGCCGUCAAACCCACAGGAGGUUUGUGUCUGCUCGGUGCCUACGCAGACAGCGAUGAUGAGGACGGCGAAACCCCGGAGAAGUCGGCCCGUUUGGCAGAUGCGAACGGCAACAAUUCGGCCGACAUCGACAGCACGCUGGCAAACUUCCUGGCGGAGAUCGAUGCCAUCACAGCUCCUGCGCAGCCCGCCGAGCCCCCCGCUGCCUCCUCCUCUGCGCCACCCCCCACGCCUCCCCGCCCGGAGCCCAAGGAGUCGGGCUCAGGACCGUCCUCGGGUCCUGCCAACGGCACAGGCUCUGCGCCAGCCCCGGAGUGGCAAUAUGACACCCAGUGCUCACUGGCUGGAGUGGGGGAGCUGGAGAUGGGCGACUGGCAGGAGGUGUGGGACGAGAACACCGGCUGCUACUAUUACUGGAAUACCCAGAGCAACGAGGUGACCUGGGAGCUGCCGCCAUACCUGGCGACACAGGUCCAGGGCCUGCAGCACUACCAGCACAGCAGCACCGUGGCAGCUGCCAACGGCAGCUUUGUGACAACUGCUGAGCUGUACCCCCAGGAGAAGGGAACUGGCCCGGGCAGCGUUGGCCGCGGGGCCACCCUCGCCAAGCGGGAGGUGAAGAAGGAAGUGAAUGAAGGCGUGCAGGCGCUCUCCAACAGUGAGGAGGAGAAAAAGGGGGUGGCUGCGGCUCUCCUGGCACCACUUCUGCCCGACGUGGUGAAGGAGGAAGAGGAGCGUUGGAGGAGGAAGGUGAUUUGCAAAGAGGAGGUUGAGCCGCCUGCAGAAGAGGAGGCGAAAGCAGAAGAGGCAGCGGCUGCACCCGAAGAACCAGAAGCCAACAGGGAUCCCCUGGAAGACACGCAGGAGGAUCUGUGCAGUGUGGUGCAGUCAGGGGAGAGCGCUGAGGAAGAGGAGGAGCAAGACACCCUUGAGUUGGAGAUGGUGCUGGAGAGAAAGAAGGCGGAGCUGCGUGCCUUGGAGGAAGGUGACGGCAGCGUUUCGGGCUCCAGCCCGCUCUCCGACGGGAGCCAGUCGGCCUCGCAGGAUGCAGCCCGCAGGCUGGCGUCCAAACGAGGGAAAUGGAAACUGUUUGUCGGAGCCGCCAGCCCUGAAUCUGCCAGCCGAGGCUCCAGCAAAACGGGCCGGGAGAGCCCGGAAGCGGGAGACGCAGCACCAAGCGCAGAAGCGGCUGAUGCACAUUCAGACAAAGAGGCAGAGUCUGAGGAGCCUCAGGAGAAAACAAAACCCCAAGAGGCACCAAAAAUAGAAGAGGAGGAGCAGGACCUCAAGUUUCAGAUCGGAGAACUGGCAAACACUCUGACUAAUAAAUUGGAGUUCCUGGGCAUCAACAGACAAUCUAUCUCCAACUUCCACAUGUUGCUGUUGCAGACAGAGACCCGCAUUGCAGACUGGCGAGAAGGCGCUCUCAAUGGAAACUACCUCAAACGCAAACUCCAAGACGCAGCUGAACAGCUAAAACAAUACGAAAUAAACGCCACCCCUAAAGGCUGGUCCUGCCACUGGGACAGGGAGCAUAGACGCUAUUUCUAUGUUAACGAGCGCUCGGGAGAGUCGCAAUGGGAAUUCCCCGACGGGGAGGAGGACGAAGAGGAAGGACAGCGAAGCGCCGACAGAAAAGCCGACGGUCCUCCUAAACCACCUCCAAAAGACAAAGGAGAGCGCGCCGGGGACGCCGCCGAGCACUCCGCAGGCUCCCUUUGUAAAGAAUCCUUCCCAGGCCAAGCCCCCGCUACAUCUCUCAUGCCGCUCACUCCAUUUUGGACUCUGCUUCAGUCCUCCGUCCCGGUCCUCCAGCCUCCUCUGCCUCUGGAAAUGCCCCCGCCGCCUCCGCCGCCCCCGGACUCGCCCCCCCCGCCCCCCCCGCCGCCCCCGCCGCCCGGAGAAGACGGGGAGAUCCAAGAGGUGGAGAUGGAAGACGAGGGGGGCGAGGAGCCGCCCGCCCCGGGAACCGAAGAAGACGCUCCCCUCAAGUCUCUGGUGCGCCCGGCUGCCAGCAGCACCCCGGUUGCCGCUGAACCAAGCCCGAUGCCUCUGCUCUCCGCCAAACCUCAGAAGAGAAAAGCGGCGGACAUGAACCCGGGGCUGAUGCAGCGAACGGCCACCAUCGGCAGCUGCCCUGUCAUCUACAGCCAGCCCCUCAUGGCCACCAGCAAGUACCAGCCGUCACCAGUGCCGCUGGCGUCCCUGCGCCCGCGUCAGCGCCUGCAGAGCGAGCUCCAGGCGCGCCCGAACCUCCGCAUGGCGCCCGGCGCCGCGCUGGGGCUGCAGCCCGGCUACCUGGGUGUGACGGCGCCCGCCGCGCCUGCCGUCAUGAGCUACUCGGAGUGCGCGGCGCCCGUCAGCGUGGCCACCGCGCAGCCGGCGCGAGGAGCCCUGCCUGCCACUGCCACCGCCACCGCCGAGCAGCCGCCUCCCCCGCCGCCCCCACAGACGCCCCCGCCUCCCGUCCCCAAAGCGCCGCCGCCGCCGGAGAAGGAGAAGCCGAGGAAGGGGCGGAAGGACAAGGGUAAGAAGGGGAAGACGAAGAUGCCGUCGCUGGUGAAGAAGUGGCAGAGCAUCCAGCGGGAGCUGGACGAGGAGGAGAACUCCAGCUCCAGCGAGGAGGACCGCGAGACCACGGCCCAGCGCCGCAUCGAGGAGUGGAAGCAGCAGCAGCUGAUGAGCGGCAUGGCAGAGAGGAACGCCAACUUCGAGGCGCUGCCCGAGGACUGGCGAGCGCGGCUGAAGCGCAGGAAAACCGCCUCCAGCACAUGAGCCGCGUCCUGGUCGGUUGUUUUUUGUUUUGUUUUUUAUUUUUACAGAUGUACAGUUCUUCACUUGACCGUUGUCCAAUAAACUGUAGCAGUUUGGGA